UGUGCAAAACCGCAAGUUCUUUUGCUUGUGUCGAGCAAGCGGGCAGCUAGUUUCAACUUGCAGUCGAGCUGUCAAGUAUGAGCAACCCAAAGACUCCAUGCUUAUAAAUCCUCACGCUCUUUCUGAAAGCCUCGUGUGAAGCCUUAGGUGAACUUAUGAAUUAAUUAUCCGUCUAACGCUUUCGGGAAUAUCUCACGGAAACACGAAACUCAGGUUACUAGAGCUUUGAAACGUUAUUGACCAAGUUACUAGGAGUGGGUUGGGGUAAAGUAAGGAACAGGAAGAAAGUCAGAAAAAGAAGCUUGAGUGUGAAACUUAGAUCUUGGCUGCACAUCAGCGCUCAGCUUUCGAUUUAGAUUUGUUCUCGGAAGGAAAACUCAGGUGUGAAUUUAUUAUGAAGCAUCUAUUUUCAUUUAACGGUGUGAGACGAAGCCAAUGAGGGCAGUCUACAAGAUACAGACCAGAGGACUUUAUCUCAACAUUUCAGGGUCUGGAAGACGCUUAGGGUUCCCAUAUCCGCUGGAUGACUGAAGGACAUACCAGUAGAUUCUGACAUGGACUGUGCAGAGGUCAAAGGUCAAUUCCCAGCAGACGAGCAGCUGGAGCCACUGUUCAUCCUCGAGGAAGGGGACGAGCUGGAUAAUUUCGCACAUAUCUCUACAAGUGGGAAAAGCAUUCUGAAAGUGAAGAAGGAAGGCAUGGAAAACAGAAUUAAAGAGAGCUCGGAAGGUAGCAGAGAAUCUAAAAAUGAUGUGAAAGAAGGUGAAAGCAUGCACGUAACCACCACUCAGGAGGAAGAGGAAAGCCAGCAAAAGGAAGGGUUGGGAUACAAAAACCGAAAGAUCAAGGGAGAGACGGAAACCGAUGAGAAUGUUGACGUGAAAAGAGUCCAAAGUGGACCUGGAUUAGUGCUGGAGAAGGCUGGAGGGGGGACGGAGAGGGCGAAUACAGACGCGGUGCCUAAAGACCAAUCUCUUUCUGAUACCCAGCCUGUAGUCAAACUACGAACCAGAGACCGACUCAGCCCUGACGAUGCUCAGCAAAAGGUUCACAGGUUAUCCCCAGAUUCUCCUGACGCUCUCUACGAGCUACUUUGCGCCUUGCAGGAGGGCCGUCGACUCAACGACCAGCGCUGCUCCUUCACACUGCAGCCACGCCGAAGGUGCCACUCAGAGCCUGGAACCCCACGCCACAGCCAGAAAGUGGUCUUCUCAUCCAUGACGUCGCUGCAGAAGGAGGAGUUCUUUGACCUGGUGGCCGUCUCGCAGGCUCGACGGUUGGAUGACCAGCGUGCAGAUUUUCAGAAGCCUUCCACCGAGUCUCCGGAGCGUUUACCUCAGGAGACUCGCCGUCCCUCCAGCGCCCCUGAAUCUUACUCCUCACAGCCCAGACCCAAAUCGAGGAGAAGCAGCUGGAAGGUCAUAGAGUUUGGCCAGACUGUUCCCAAACCAGCGCAGAAGGAAGAGCUCUACAACAUGAUCUUAUCCUCACAGGCACAGGGCAGAUUGGAGGAGCAGCGUAGCAAAGCCCCAGGCCCUAUGGAUGAUGAAGAUUUCUUCUCCCUGCUGCUGAGGGUCCAGGGAGGCCGAAUGGACGAGCAGAGAACAGAGCUUCCUGUAGCACUUCAGAAUUAAAAGAGACUCUGGCUAACACUGCUGAGUAUUUAAAAAAAAAGACUUUUUUUAUUUCGGUUUUUCCUAAAAUAUGUCUUUUAGUUCCUUUUCAAUUAAUUCUUGUCUAAAUGUAUGUAAUUUAUGAUCUCUAAGCAUAGAGUAUGUUUUUUAAAUUGUUGGUGGCCCAACAAUUUUUUUUUAUUUUUUUUUUUAGUGGUCCUGUGUUGAAGUUGAGUGGUCAUCAUAGAAUUUUUUUUUUUUAAGAAGAGCUAGGGUCAACACUUGAGCUGAGAUAAAUGUCACAUGUGGAUGCGACAGUCAUUUGAUAUUUGCUGAUGGUUUUCAGUGUCGCUGUUUGCUUUGGGGAGGUGUUACAGAGACAUAAGAGGAACUGAGAAUGCAGGCUUGUAGAAAUGUGUCUGGUGUAAAGCAAUAAAAGGCCAAAAGCUGAAAAACAAUGGGGUAUAUAAGAAGAAGGAAAGACACUGUAAAUGAACGGGGUAAUUAAAAAAAAUAGAUAUAACAAUCAAUAUUUAACAGAAGAUAUUUUUACAGGUAUUGGAAUUUUUUUACUGGUAAAAACUUACAAAGUGAUUGUGGUCUUAAUGAAUUGCCACAUGAGUUUGUUGACUUGUAUUUCAAUCAUUAUGCCACAAAAAGAGCAUAUAUUACAUUUUCAGGUUUUUUUCUUCGGCUGGAAUGAACGUCGUUCUGGUUAGAGCGUGUGCAGCAUGUGAGAUGUUUGUUAAUCAGCACAAAAGGCGCUCCAUACAGCACUUUUUCAGUGUGGAAGUGUGAAAGCAGUUGAAUUACGAUGCUAACCAAGAAAAGUCACCAGUUUAGCAAGAUGCAAGCUGUAUGUCUGAAUCAAUACACAAUCUCUUUGUGGAUCUGUUCAGCAUCUCGAACAGACGUGUUUUCUGACACCCUUAUCUAUAAAAAUGAACCAAAGAAACCAAAAAUAGCUGUAUCGUAGCUCCAUCUCGAAGCCAACCGACUUUCGUCCUCAGAACAAAACGUAUUGUAUUGUUUGUUAACUAUAAUCUCAUCAGCUAACGGUCUCAAGCAAAGUGAAUAGAAAAACAGCUGUACUGUGAAUAAUUUAGAUUAAGCAAAAGUCGAUUGAUUUAAGGCAUAUGUUUAUAUAUACGGUAUAAUUCAUUAAAAGGUAAGAAGUUCUACUUUGUUUACUGUUCCUGCUGUACACACAGCCGUGUUGAUUUAACGUCACUUGCUGAACUCUUGAGCUUUUGAACAUAAACGGAAAUUCCGUGCUGAAUGUACAAAACUAAACUAAAGAAGCAAACUAUUAGUAGAUGAUUGACGCCAAUGAUCGGCAUAGUCAUCGUUUGUAUUUUGGGGUAAACUUUUUUUUUUAAAACAAAAUAUUUCUGUCUAAAAGCUAUUUUAUUUGCAUUUACAAUAAUAUGUUUUUUUUUUUUUUUUGUUGUUUUUUUUUCCGAAUAAAACAUUUAUAUUCAUUUAUGUAACAACGAGUAGCAAACUCACAAUAUAUACGCUUUUCCUUUAGUCUUUUUUUUAUGGUCGUUUAAUAACUUGAAAGCUUUGUGAGUUAACCUAGAAAGUAGACUACAUGCACGUGACAGAAAGUCUUGCACUACUUUACAGUACUGCCAAGUUUUAUGAACUAAAGAGAGUCGCUUUAUACAGUAUAGUAAAUAAAUGAAUAUGUCUGCGUUGUACAGGAUACUUGACCUGUUGUGGUAUUUAAUAGAGAAAAAGCUAAUCGCGAUGGCAUUUUUUUAUGUUUUGUGCACAUAAAAGAUUAUUGCAAUCAAAAAUAAACGAGUGAGUGAGUUAA